AUGGGAAACUUUUGCUGUCCACGUGGAAAGAGAAGAGACGAUAACAACAUAAACAAGAACAGUAAUGGAUUUCAUGCCACCCAUGCCUCAAAAGCUAGCGUCGCAAAAUUCAGAAGUGAUGGUGGUGCCAAAGAUGGUAACAUGGUUUUUAUGACCGCAGCUAUAGCAAGUACUCCUGUUGACACAACUUCAGAUGGAAAUCAUGGUCAUCAUGGAGGGGACGGUGGUGGACAUGGUGACGGGGGACAUGGAGGGGGUGGAGGAGGAUGCGGCGGUGGUGGAGGGUGUGGAGGUGGCGGCUGUGGUGGCUGA